AUGAGGGGUUGGGCAUCCACUUUAUUCCUACUGGCGUCGUCCGCAUGGACUGCCAAGGCGUUGGAGAUCGCAUUGGACCAGACAGACGAAAACAGGCAACGAUGUGCCGGCAUGUACGAUAAGCAAGCCUGGGGCGGCCCCGUCGACCCCUUUAUCCUCGUCAAGUUCACCGACGUCGGCAAGGACUCGGGACCCGAUCCGAUCACCAGUCUCCUGAUUGUGGAAUGGAAGGACACAGACUACAUCGGCGUGGGACAAGAGGGUGGCGGUAGGGAAGCCAUCUGCCGGCCGAAGGAUGUCGAGAUGGGAUACUGCAAGGAGGCCCAGCUGGGUGAAUUCAUUCUCGCGCCAAACGCUACCGAAAAGUCCGAAAACUUGAUCCUCACCAAGGCCGUCCACCUCAAGAAAGCGAGCCCGAUCAACUACCCCAUCACCAAGACUGGUUACUACUGCGUCAUUACCGAUCAGUUUACCGACAAUGAUUACGAGGCUAUCGUGGAGUUUAGAAACGCAUAUGGAGAGCUCCCGGCCACACAGAUCCCGAAGCUGCCGUUUUAUGGAGGAAUAACGAUCCUCUAUGCGCUGGUGUUGGUGUACUGGGGCUUUCUCUACUAUCAGCAUCGCACCGAUAUCUUGGCUGUGCAGAAUUAUAUUACAGCAAUCCUCAUCUUCCUCGUCGUGGAGAUGUUGAUGACAUGGGGAUUCUAUGGUGAGCAUGUCAUGAUGUUACAUGGGUCAAAUCUUGGGUCCAAGAUCUUGCUGGUCGUGGUUGCCGUCUUGAACGCUGCGCGCAACUCGUUUUCGUUCUUUCUGCUCCUGAUCGUCUGCAUGGGUUAUGGUGUCGUCAAGCCCACACUCGGCAAGACCAUGAUCUAUGUCCGUUGGCUCGCCAUUGCGCACUUUGUCUUUGGCAUUGUCUAUGCGGUGACAAGUUUAGUCAUAACACCCGAUAACGCCGGCCCCUUCGUACUCCUGAUUGUCUUCCCCCUGGCCGGCACUCUCACAGCCUUCUACGUCUGGACCCUCAACUCGCUCAACUUCACCCUCAAGGACCUCCGCGAGCGCAAGCAGCACGUCAAGGAGACCAUGUACAAGAAGCUGUGGUGGGGCAUACUGAUCUCCAUCAUUGUCAUCUUUGCCUUCUUCUUCUUCAACUCCUUCACCUUUGCCUCGGCCAGCGACCCGGAUUUUGUGCCCUUCCACUGGAAGAGCAGGUGGUUCAUUCUCGACGGCUGGCUUAAUAUUGUUUACUUUGCCGACGUGGCCUGGAUCGCCUAUGUCUGGAGGCCGACGGCGAACAACAAGCGCUUCGCCAUGAGUGACGAGAUUGCGCAGGAGGACGACGGGACGUUUGAGAUUGCCAAUCUUGAUAUUGGGAAUCCGGAUGAGAGCGAUGAUGAGGAUGAGGAGCAGAGGAUUGGGAAGAACCAGCAGCAGCAGGAGAGAGGGUUUGCUGGGGCGAGUGUGGCUGGUGGUGUGUUGCAUCCACCUCAGCAGAGUGGGGUUGCUUCUUCGUCUUCUGGGCAGGGGCAGCAGCAGCAGCAGAGGAAGGCCAGUCCGGAGAGGGACUCGUUUGAUGGGGAGACGAUUUUUGCGGUUGGGGAGGAUGGGGAUAAGUUUUCGAGUGAUGAUGAGGAUGAUGAUAGUGAGGAGGAGGCUAAGUUGGUGAGGGGGAGGAAAUAG